GACUUUACUGCGGUGUCGGAUCUUGCUGGGCUGCAAAGGAACUGCCUCUCAGGAUUCUUCCCCUGAGACUCCCUUCCUUGAUUCCUUUAGGAGCUCUUUGAGGUUCUCUCGGUGCCCUGUGCUUACCUGAGGAAAAUGUCUGAUGAAUUUUCGUUGGCAGAUGCGCUACCUGAACACUCCCCUGCCAAAACCUCUGCUGUGAGCAAUACAAAACCUGGCCAACCUCCUCAAGGCUGGCCAAGUUCCAACCCUUGGAAUAACCCAAGUGCUCCACCUUCUGUGCCAUCUGGACUCCCACCAAGUGCAACACCCUCCACUGUGCCUUUUGGACCAGCACCAACAGGAAUGUAUCCCUCUGUGCCUCCCACCGGACCACCUCCAGGACCCCCAGCACCCUUUCCUCCUUCUGGACCAUCAUGUCCCCCACCUGGUGGUCCUUAUCCAGCCCCAACUGUGCCAGGCCCUGGCCCCACGGGGCCAUAUCCUACACCAAAUAUGCCCUUUCCGGAGCUUCCAAGACCAUAUGGUGCACCCACAGAUCCAGCUGCUGCUGGUCCUUUAGGUCCAUGGGGAUCCAUGUCUUCUGGACCUUGGGCACCAGGAAUGGGUGGGCAGUAUCCUACCCCUAAUAUGCCAUAUCCAUCUCCAGGGCCAUAUCCCGCACCUCCUCCCCAAGCACCAGGGGCAGCACCACCUGUUCCAUGGGGCACUGUUCCACCAGGAGCCUGGGGACCACCAGCACCAUAUCCUGCCCCUGCAGGAUCAUAUCCCACACCAGGACUCUAUCCCACUCCCAACAAUCCUUUUCAAGUGCCUUCAGGACCUUCUGGUGCUCCACCGAUGCCUGGUGGCCCCCAUUCUUACCAUUAAGUUAAUGGAUGAAGAGAGGACGCUUUGCUUUUUGAAGUACAUAUGUAUGCACAUGAAUGCAUACAUAAAAAUUGGUGGUUUCACUGUUCUUAGAGGGCAUUCAUGAAAGAACAACUCUUGCACCUCUCAGAAGAUAUCUGCCUCUUGUACUUGGAUGUAUAGUACAUCUGAUGGAUACAAUCAGAUAAAAAUGUAAAAGUAAAUCAUUCAAAUGUGAUUUUUAUUUGGUUUUUAUGGAACGCUAAAGUGAUGAAGUAUAUUGAAUAGCUCUUUGAUACAAUUUGUCUAAAACAAGUUUUUGAUUUGUUUAAAUUAUGAAACCACACACUUAAAACUCUAAGAUGAUGUGGAUUAUUGUUAGAAUCUGCAACCUCAUUGGCAAAUUAUUUCAAAUAUUUUUCUAUAAUCACUUUUUCCCCUAAAUAAACACACUUUGAAAACAAUCACAUUGUCAUAAUUUAAACAAAUGAUGCCUCUCAACAUCUUGAGCUGCCCUGUCUACAGGAUGACCAAAUCUGGUCCUCUUGAGGUUGUAGUUUGGAUGUACGUUUUAAAGCUAUUGGUAAUUAUUGUCUGAUGUUGAGUUCAUUAGCCAGGCAGUGUUCGCUUUUAUCCUUGAUCUUUUAGUAAAAACUUGUCUUUCAUUUUGAGUUCCACCUGAUUUGCUUCAUUGUUAGCCAGAUGGGUCACACAUGUCUAAAAUCUGCCAUGUAUGAAAACUUUUUUCUUUUUAAUGCAGGCCAACAUGUGUGUAAAUUAUUAUUAGAGAAUUAGCGAUCUCUGUAUUACUUUGGAAUAGAUUUUGAGAUGUCAGUAUUGCUUUGGAAAGAACUCAAAGAAGGAAAUAAUUCUCUCUGUCUUGAACCUCAAGCCAGAGGAAGCCUUGGAAAUUGCUUCAUAGUGACAAGUAACUUGCGUUCCCACAAAACGCUCUCCUACCCAGACCCUUCCAGGAAGAUGGCCCUCCCUCAGUUCUUGAAGGAGCACAUCCCUUAGUUUCUCUCUGAUUCAGAAAACUGGCACACUCUAGGGGUCUAGUGUAAACACGUAAAGCAGUUACGUUUCAAGAACUUCAGUCAUUUAGACAUGACUGUUCUCUUUGUACAAGCGUGAUCAAAAUGUGUCUGUGUCUUUCGGAGUCUGGUUAAGCCGGGUCAUGGUCUCUUGCAUAGUUUCCUGCAUCUGUCUGUAAAGUGCUUAAGGCUAAUUGGUCAGUUCUGUAUUUGUUGACAGGUAAACAGGUAGAAUUGAGUGCCAUCCUUCACAACUGUCCUCUAGUUCUAACACUGAAAAUAAUAAUAAGUGUAGAUCUCUGCAGUUGAGUUGAAAGCAGUGUGACUGUUGCUUAAAUAAGUGUAACCACCAAAAUAGCCUAAGUAGUUUUUUGGCACCUUAUCUUUAAAUCAGAUUCUUAGAUUCUUAGAACUGACUAUGUUAUUUGUCAGGUAACAUUUUGAAACUUUGAAUGUAUCCGUCGGGUUACUAAAAUAUGUUGUGAAUUUCUUGACUAGUAUAGGAGAGAUUUAUGUUAGAGCUCUUGUUUUUGCUUAGAAAUGAGAUAUUUAGUAGUUUGUUUCCCUUAUAGUUGAAAUGUCAAGAAUGCCAAAUGCUGCCAAUUUAAUGGUUUGAUAGCUACCUCCUUUUAAGAAAGCAAGAUGGUCAUCUUUGAGAAGAACAUUCAGUGUUUAAGCUCCUUUUUAAGUAGAUGAUAGAGUCCAGCUUUCAGAAUUGAAACUGAAUUGUUUAGAUAUUUUCAGACUGGGGAAUGUCGUUAGACAGCUCUUACAUAGUGGCACAAGCGGUCUUUUUUUUCUUCCUCUUGCAAGGCAAUCUGCGACUAUCUACAACACUGUUGGAAUCUUUUGUCAAAGUAGCCUCCCAUUUACAAGGCAGGAGCCUUAGGAGGUAUUUUAGCUUAGGGAUCGGGCAAUAUCCUGUCAGCUAACUGGAGGAAUAAGACGGGAAAAGUGAGAUAGCAAAAAUCUCCUUGUGGUUAUUUUGGUUGUGCUACAUUAGGGUAAGUUGACAGCUCUGGCUUUAGAUACAAUAUUUAACACUAGAGGAUGAUGUUUGACUGAAACAAGUGGCAGCAUGUUUGGGAAUCUGUCAUUGCGGAGUCUGUUUAUUAGAGGAGAAAAUCUGCUAAAGGAUUGGGAAGGACCAGGAGCCUGAGAUUUGGAAUUACUACCCCCAAUAAGUAUAUACAUUUGGCUAGUAACCCAUACUGCCCAGUGUGGCCAUGACACAACACCUUUUCUUUGCUUUUCGAGGACUUUCCAACUAGUAGUUGGGAAUUUUUUUUUUAACAUAAGAAUGGGAAUCAAAGGGACUAGAAUUUACUUUUAUACUCCUUUUAGCUUUUUAGAGCAUUAUUUCUCAACUUGGGAGAGUCUUCAUUCUUGUGGGCACUCUGGGACAAAAACGUAUUUUCAGGUUCAGGGUAAAGUUAAAAGCAGAAGUUAUUUCAGUGGAGGAAUGGGGGAAAGGUUGCGAGGAAGGUUUUUUUUUCUUUACAGGGGAAUAAUGUUGCUUUCGAAACAAGUCUUAGGCUGGCAUCCGUUUAGGGAGGAGACCGUUUCUUAGAAAAGUUUGCCUGGUCUUUGAAGGGAAUACAUGGUGUGGGAUAUGCUGGCACUUGGACUGUCUCAGAGCAAGAACUUUAGACAAAUUUGAUGGAGAUCAUUGAGAUGUGUUGAGGAAUAGUGCUUCUGGAGUUGGAAUCUUAAGAUUUUGAAAUGUCGAACCUAAAAAUGACAACAAAAAAUGAAAAUAAAGACCUUAGGUCCUUAUCACACGUGCAGUUUCUCAAGAAUCAAGGCUCCUUAAACGAGUGUGUGAACUACCUUGGCUUGUCCAUACUGGACUUAGCCUGACACCUUUUCAUGCUUUUGAAGAUGGCUGUUUACAAGUCUGACUCCACAGCCCUGUUUUGUAUAAAGUAAUGCAUCGAUUAUUCAGGAGUAGACAAUACAUUUGUUUUAGUUACCCCAGGGCCUCCUCCUUUCUGCCUUGUUUUUAGUGUUUAUUGUUUUCAGUAGAGAAUAGUAAAAGGGGAGAGAAGAAAGGGGUGACUUUUUGGCCUUGGUCUGGCACACCACUACAACAGAAUAUUGGCAUAGAAGUCAGUUUUGCCCAUAAAAUUUUACCUCACAAAUAAUUCGCUACAUACCGUACUCAAACGUACAGCUUUUGAAACUAUUGGUAUAGAUGAACAAAGCCCUACUCAAGUCUCAAUUACAAUACUGUGCCUGGUUUGCGUAUCAGUUAGUUGCCUAUACUUCUAAGUGAUGAGUGCCAAUGUCUUCCUUCCUCACCCUGAAUAAUCUAGUGCUAGAUUUAUAAAAUGCCAGGGUUAUAAACCCUGGAAAUUAAAGCUAAGCACAGACCUGCAGGUGUUGGUUUUUGAAAAACAAGGUUAGAAUCAGAUGAAUCACACUGAUACAUGUACUAUGCAUAGAAAGUAAAGGGUGACUUUCAGGGAAGACUAUAAUUUAAUCUUAAGCAAUAUUUAGUAUUGAAGACAGACCCUUUUUAUUUUCAGAAUUCUGCCAAGUAAAAGAAAAAUUGUCAAUAAAAUAAUCAGUAUUAAAGAAAUGCCAUGCAAGCUUCUGGCUAUAGAAAACACUGAGAACUGCAUUCAUUUAAGAGAUACUUCAGUGUCUGAUCCCGGUGCUUUGCCAGAUUCCAGAGAUACAGAGAUGAAAGAAUGCCUGUCCUGCAGAGGCUUACAGUCUAGGGGUGGCAUUGGAAAAUUCAGUAGUGCACCCAUUUUUGGUUUACCUAGAUAAACAUUUUAAUUUGCCACUGGUGAAAAUUAUAGAACAGCCUUUGGACAUUUUAAAGAGCAAAGUAUGGUAUACCUUUUUUUUUUUAAGUAAGAAAUUAAUGUUUUUCAAGAUCGUAGUGUUUGUCAGUGCAGCUAUUCAUGUGUGCAAAGUAACGGAACGUUUUUCCUCUUCAAUUCCUCCCUGGAUGAAGGCACUUAAACUGCCUGUCCCUGGUUAGCAGAUACUGAUUUGUUGCCAUUAAGUAAACUUGACUUCUUAUGCGUGCUCUAUAAAAAGGUUUUUUUUUUUGUAUUUUUUCUUAAUAUUGUGAUUUUUUUAAGUUGACUUAAUAAUGACAAAUUUAAUGUAUGUAAUUGUCUAUGCAUUUUAAGUUAAACUGCCUACAAUGUGAUUUGAGACCUAGACAUUUGUUUGUAUUAUGAACUGUAAGCAAUCUGUUUGAAACGUUAGGUUUAUCACCUGCUGCUGUAUUUGUAAACAAAGACAUAUGUUGCUUUAAGAAGUAAUUAUAAUUAGGAAUAGUCUAUGGAUGUGAUACUUGAUAUUUUUUAAGAUAAACUUGUUUGCUUUUGUGUAUUAUACCAGAAAACUUUUUUAAAAAAUGUA